UGACACCUUAUAUACUCUUUGGUUUCUGACUUCUGAUUUACAUAUCUGUGGAUUCUUAUUUUCUUAUUCAUUGUGAUUUCUGUAAAUUAUGUUUAAAAGACAACUUAUUAUUACAUAGAUAUACAAGUUAAAGUAAAUUUUGAAAUGUAGUGCCUUAACAAAAAGUUUUGUGUACGGUGUUUGGUGGUGUAUUUCAAUAACACAGCAAACGAAGAUGAUCUCAUUGACGUGCUGACAUUAGUUACGUUCUUUUCGGCGAGAGUUCUUGAUCUUUUUAUUGUUAUUGACUCGACUAAGUCCAAUGACCUUGUAACGUUAAAUAAAUUAAUAGAAAAUAACUAAAAUGAAGAAGCAGUUCUACAGGGUUAAGCAGCUAGCUGACCAAACCUUUUCAAGGGCUGGCAAAGGUGAAGCAUUGACUGAUGAGUUGCAAACAGCUGAUAGAAAAGUAGAGCACCUCCGGAAUGCUCUUCAACUUAUUAGUAAACGUUUGGCCACUGGAGCUGGAAACACACAGGGCCAAGAUCCUGCAGCCCGUGAGAAAAGGCUCAAAAAGCUACCAGAAUAUCUUUUGGGACUGUCAAUGUGUGAAGCCAGCAACUUUGAUGAUGAUGACAGCAUCUUAAAAUAUAUACUCUAUGAAUGUGGGAAAACUGAAAAAUUUCUCGCUAAUGAGAUUGCAGAACACGAGCUGAAAGUAGAACAACUAGUAUGCGCACCGUUAACAACAAUCAGUGAUCAAGACUUACCCUCAAUAAUGAAAGCAAAAAAACAACUCAGUAGACUUAUAAGUGAAAAGGAAUCAGCGGCCAGCAGAUAUCAUCAUUUGGAACGUCAAAAAGAGGAAAAUCCCACAAAAUUGCAUGCCGCUAAGGAAGAAUUAGAAGAGGCUGGUAAUAAAGUGGAGGCUGCUCGAGAUGCGCUUGCGGCUGACAUGUUCGCACUUGUUGCAAAAGAAGCACAACUUGCACACACACUGUUGCAAUAUGUAAAACUGCAAAGAGCAUACCAUGAAUCUGCAUUACAUUCCCUAGCGGACACUGUGCCCGAGCUGGAGAGAUUUAUAAACGACAGCUCGGUGAAGCCGGUGUUCGGCUACCCGCUGGAGGAGCACCUGCGCGUGACGGGCCGCACCAUCGCCUUCCCCGUCGAGUUGUGCGUGUGCACACUGCACGAGCUGGCGCUCAGCGAGGAGGGCCUCUUCCGGAUCGCCGGUGCAACAUCAAAAGUGCGAAGAAUGAAACUGUCUCUAGACGCGGGACUGUUUAAUGUUCCGCUGCCUCGAGAUUACAGAGACAUGCACGUCGUGGCCUCAGUUUUAAAGUGCUAUCUUCGCGAACUACCCGAGCCCCUCUUAACUUACCGGCUGUAUGAAAACUUCAUCCUAGCGUCCCGACAACCCUCAGAACAAGCCCGACUGAACGCUCUCUGGGAAGCCAUUCAUUUGUUACCCGACGCGAACUUUCAAAAUCUUAGAUAUCUUAUAAAAUUUUUGUCUGCUUUAACGAAAAAUCAAAGCACAAACAAGAUGACACCCUCGAACCUGGCCAUCGUGAUCGCACCGAACUUGCUCUGGGCCGCCGACGAAAGCACUUUCGACAUGAACAUUACGACCGCAGUCAACUGUGUCGUGGAGCUGCUCAUCAAGCACGCCGACUGGUUCUAUAAAGACGAUGUCGGCUUCUUUAUCUCGUUUACCAAAGAGGACCUGCUGCCCGAUCACUGUGAAUAUGGAUUCACACCCACUUUCGUCCAAGGUUAUAAUCAAACCGUAGCACUGAGUCAGGAACAUUCUAAUGGUGACUUCAACAAUAUGAGCAAGUCUCUGUACGAUUACAAUCCCCAGGCUACACAAAAAGUGACGGUAGACGGACCCGGCCGCCAUUCGAGAAGCAAUAGUCACGAUACAAGCCUAAUAUUACUAGAUAACGAUAUGAAAAAAGCUCAAUCGAACAGCUCCCUGUCCGAUCAUUCUAGUCCUCCCCACGGUAGCCCUAAACCAAUAAUGCGGCGGAAGAAUAAACCACUAGCGCCGGUCCCGCCAAACUUCACGCCCGACAAGAGCAAGAAAGUGGAAUUGCAUUCGCAGACUCCCGAAGUGUCAAAAGAUCAGAUUUCAUCAACGAAAGAGGCCGAAAAGCCGGCCAAACCCCCCCGGCCCGUCAUAUCGGAAACGGGAAAAGUGAUCACCGGCGUGCAGACGAUUAACCGGUCAACUUAUCGGCAAAACAAGGCGAUGAAAGAGGAGGCUGCCAGGAGCGGCAGCCGCGAAAACCUCGCGGACACCAGGAGACAGAGUCUCGAGUUGGAAAAGGAUAAAUUUGAAAGUUUUAAAAUACCGGAAAAUAAAACCGACAAGGAAUCGACUCUAGUGGUGAAGAACGUGACCGCCCAAAGCGGCGUCGUGACGAGAAUGAAAAUAGUGGGCGAGCCGGCGAGCGGGCAGGCGAGCGGGCAGGCGAGCGGGCAGGCGAGCGGGCAGGCUAGUGGACAGGCGAGCGGGCCGGCCUCGCUGCAGGACAGGCCGACGCGCGCGCCGCCGCCGCGCCCCGUGGCCGCCCCGCGCACGCUCGUGCCGGCGCCAGACGCCGACGACGUGGCGCUGCGCCACAAGCCCGCCGUGCCCGAGCGCCCCGCCGCGCUGCGCCCGCACAGCUUCCGCGCCGCGCGCGACGAGCCCACCGUGCUGGAGCGCGCCCACGUGUACUCCGUCGACAAGCACCACCCCACCGUCAUACAAGUGGGCGCCGCCGACGAGCCGCGCGUCGCCGCGGUGCACCGCGCGCACAGCUCGGGAGGCAAGGACGCCGAGCUCGAGGAGCCGAAGGGCCUGAGCGGCGCGAGCCGGCAACUGUCGCAGUCGGAGGGCGAUAUCGCGGAGGGCCCGCGCUCGCCGCGACCGCAGCCGGCGCGUCCGCCCCGCCCGCUGGUGCCGGCGCCGCCCCCGCCCUCCGCCCCGCCCGCACCGACGCACGAGAGCACCGACCUCUAGUCCCGCCCAGUAUUAGACGCGGCUCAACGUCGAGCCAAGUAUUACGACACGUAGCGACGCUUCCGAUCGUGCGAAGCAAGACUGAAGCCCUCUAUUUAUUCUAUGCUAGUAAUAAUAGAAAGCUUGACAGUUGUCGGGAAGUACAUUAAUAUUGUUGUAUUUCUUUGCAGAUGUGUUAUUUAUUUUUGUAAAACGACAAAAACUUUUACUGUAGAUAUAUGAUGUGACGCAAUCGGGAAUUUAAAAUAAAAUAUCGUUUUCAUCGGUUCAUAAAAAAAAAUUCAUUCGUUGUUCCAUUUGAACACAUCAAAAUGAGUCAAUUUAGCUUUUUAUGCAUUCAGAUUUAUUCGUAUCUUAACUUUUUGUACAAUUUAGGAUAUUUUGCAGUAAAUCCUUGUGAUAUUAGGAGUUUCGCUAAAAUACGCCGAAAGGUCGGGUGUCCGGCCGAGGGCAGGUGCACAAACGUAUAACUAGUAGCCAUAUUUUUGAUAUUUAUAAUAGACAGUGCGUUAGUUGUAUCGGCCACGCUGUUUCAGUGAAUAUUAAUAUAGGCUAAUAUAUGUUAUGUAGUAUUUACGAAGUUUUAUGUGAUAUGCAUUUUAUUAAUUAUAUACUGCAAGUAUACAAGCUUCUGUUGUAAGUAAUAACAAUAAAAUAUUAAUAAAUA